AUGUUACUGUAUUUCUCUGGUUGGUUCUCACGUCGUAGCACUACGGACCAUAUAAGAACUUAUUCGACUAAUAACUCAGAAUUAAAUGCAAAUAUAACAAAUCUGUUCCAUCCCAGGUUGAGAUCCAUUUUUCUCCAGUUGGACGCUAUUGCUCCGAGAUUUAUUGUGCCCAGUAAGGAGAUUCAAAUUUUAACUGACCCAAAGGUAUUCUAUGAUGUCUUGAAAUUGAAAAUCAAGAACUCUAAAAAGAGAAUUUUCCUAAGUUCCUUAUAUAUUGGUAAAUCCCAAGUGGAAUUAAUUCAAUGUAUAGAUGAAGCGCUAACUGCCAAUGAAGAUCUACAAGUUUACAUAUUGACAGAUGCAUUGAGAGGAACAAGAGAAGCUCCAGAGAAUAGAUGCUCUGCAUCGUUGUUGAUUCCCUUAGUGGAAAAACAUGGUAAGCACAGGGUUGAUAUCAGAAUGUAUCAUACCCCUCAUCUUAACGGAUUCACCAAAUCAUUAACCCCCAGAAGAAUCAAUGAAAGCUGGGGAUUACAGCAUAUGAAGCUAUACGGCUUCGACGAUGAAAUCAUACUCAGUGGUGCCAACUUGUCGUCUGAUUAUUUCACCAACAGGCAAGAUAGGUACUAUUUGUUCUCAAACGCUGCAUUGACAGACUAUUACUACGAAAUCCAUAAUGCUGUUAGUUCGUUGUCUUAUCAGUUAUUGACUUCAAGCAAAAAUGUCACAGGAUUUAGAUUGACUUGGCCUACUUCCAAUAAAUCAUGUGAACCUUCAAUGAAUUUAGAAAGGUUUAUUAGUGAUUCGUCAUACUUACUUGAACCAAUUUUAAAGCACCGUAAGACAGAAAACAAAGAAAUUGAAUUAGAUGACAGCGAAAUUGAUACCAUAAUUUACCCUAUUUCUCAAUUCACUCCUUUGCUACACCCAGAUAAUGAUAUCUCUACCGAAAAGUCCGCCAUUUUGAGAUUGUUGUCCUAUUUAGAUUCUCCUCAAAUUAAAUGGUGGUUUACAGCUGGAUAUUUCAACAUGUUGCCUCAAAUUCAAGAGCGCUUGAUUAAUGGAAAAGCAAGUGGAACUGUAAUCACAGCAGCUCCACAAGCGAAUUCAUUUUACAAAUCUUCAGGGGUAAGUUACUACAUACCAGAAGCAUACUUACUCUGUGCAAAGAAAUUUUUAGAAGAGGUUCAAAAUAGAGGAAAGACAUCAAUCAUUAAAUUGUACGAAUGGCUGAAUGGGAUUGUUAAUACUCCUGAAGGUUGGUCGUACCAUGCUAAGGGUUUAUGGAUUUCCGUGCCGGACGAAGAAGAUCCAUGUAUUACUAUAAUUGGAUCAUCCAAUUAUACUAAGAGGGCCUAUCUGUUAGAUUUAGAAAGCAAUGCUAUUAUCAUAACCAAAGAUGCAGAAUUGAAGAGGAAUAUGAAAUUGGAAAUUAACAACUUGAUGAAAUACGCAGAUCCACUCACAUUGAAAGAUUUUGAGCCAAAAGCUCAACCGCAGCCAGAACCUGUCGCAGAAGGUGGGGAAGCUGGGGAAAAAGAACCUCUGCCUCCAUUAUAUCUAGUCGAUGAGAACAGACGUAUUAGUAGAGCAGUUCACGUAGCUGUAAAAAUUUUUGGAGGAAAAUUGUAG